AUGCCUGUGAUCCUUAGCAAACCCCGAAAGGUCAAGCAACAGCCUCCUCAAGAAAUUGUCGACGAUUUUUGGGCAAAGUUUACCACCAAGGCCCCGGGUAAAGCCACAACUGUCAUUCCCCAGAACGCGUAUGCGGAGAGGGUUGCGAAGCGAUCCGCUACUGUCAUAGGCAUCGGCACUCAAACUUCAUACGAGGAGGCUGCAACUGUCUGCAGAGCCAAAGUCGAGAAGAUUGUACAAGAAUGCCGGAGGGUGAACCAACGUUAUAGAGACCCUCAUUAUGACAUCGAGUUUGACUUGAAGUUUGGGCGACGAGACUGCCUCGAAUCCCUCUGGAAUACCAAGGGCAGGGAUCCUCCGGAACCUUUGUUCCACCCGAAAGCCGUGAAACGGGUUGUCGACAUCUUCGACAAGCCGCAAUUUUUUAUCGAAGGGCCUACAGCCGAUGAUGUACGCCAAGGCCGGGACGGGGACUGCUGGCUCAUGGCUGCAUUGUGCAACCUCAGCAACAAGCCUGGUCUAAUCGAGAGGGUUUGCGUUGCCCAUGAUCAAAAUAUCGGCGUCUAUGGAUUUGUCUUUCAUCGCGACGGGGAGUGGUUCAGCGAAAUCAUUGAUGACAAGCUGUAUCUCACCAAGCCCGACUAUGAUGAAGGACAUCUCGAACGUAUUCUUUGGGAAGAUCGAGAGCGCGUCAACUCAGAGGAGGCCUACAGACGCAUCUACCAGACGAACAGCGGUGCGUUGUAUUUUGCUCAAUGCGAGAAUCCAAAUGAGACAUGGCUGCCUCUCCUCGAAAAGGCCUACGCCAAGGCGCAUGGUGACUAUGCGUCUAUCGAGGGUGGCUUUACCGGCGAGGCCAUUGAAGAUCUGACCGGAGGCGUCACCUCUGAGAUAUACACGACGGAUAUUCUUGAUAAGGAAUACUUUUGGAACGAGAAGCUGCUCAAAGUCAACCAGGACUGGCUUUUGGGCUGUUCCACGGGAUUUGCAUCAAGAGGCUGGGGCGAAAGAAAGGGUAUCAUUGAGAUGCACGCCUAUAGUGUCAUGAAAGCAGUCGAGAUGGACGGCCAUAGACUAGUGUUGUUGAAGAAUCCUUGGGGCAAGGGGGAGUGGAAAGGCGCCUGGAGUGACGGCUCCAAGGAAUGGACCCCGGAGUGGUUGCAAAAACUCCAACAUACGUUUGGAGACGAUGGAGUCUUCUGGAUCUCCUACGUUGACCUCCUCAAGAAGUACAGCAUCUUCGAUGCGACUCGGCUGUUUGGCCCUGGCUGGAAGGUUACAUCUAUAUGGACGACACUUUCGGUACCGUGGACACUGGAUUACCACGAUACAUACUUCGCAUUCACAAUUUCAAAGUCAGGCCCAGUAGUUCUUGUCCUGGCUCAACUAGACGACCGUUACUUCCGAGGGCUUGAAGGACAGUACAGAUUUGACUUACAAUUCCGUCUGCACAAAGCCGGCCAGGAAGACUAUGUCGUACGAAGUCAAGCAUCUUACCGCAUGACCCGCUCAGUCAACGUUGAGCUCGAUCUCGAAGCCGGUAGCUACGAGGUUCUCGUCAAGCUGGAUGCAGUUCGAAACGAUCAGGUUCUUCCCAUCGAGCAUGUUAUUCGAAAAAAUGCCAAGGGUCGCCGGGAGAAGCUUAUCCGAAUAGGGCUGGCAUACGACCUUGCUCACAGCAAAGGGAAAGUAGUGGAGUCUUCCCAAGAGAAGGCAGCCAGAGAAGCUUGCGAGAAGAAGAACCGGGAAACGAAACGCGCUGAAAUCAAACGGAAGCUCCUCGAGAAGCGAGAACAACAGCACUACCUCAAGGUCAGAGCUGUCAAAAGAAGACAGAGGGAGGAAGCAAAGCGCAAAGCACGGCACAAGGCUAAAAUCGAGAAGUUAGGGGCCACAAAAGGGAUGCGGUCUGUACCGGGAAGACUUUGCUCUGUACCAUCAAAGCGACCACAAAUACACGAGGAACCCCCCGUAUCCCUAGAGUCACCGAACUCCACGACAAGAAAACAUAUCCCGAUACAAACGCCCGACUUUGUGGGUGUUGAGCCAAGGAUAAACGACCUGAAAAUAUGCGGAAUGGAGCAGCGCCAGAACAAGUUUGCUGACCGUCCAAAAAUCACUGUCCCGGAAGAGUCACCGGCCUCUCCCCGUACUCAUGAUGGGGCGAGACCAUCCAUGAAUAUGCAAGCAAGGAUGCUUGUUCGUUGCCACGAAGGGCUAUCCAUCAAAGUACCAGAGGCCAUUCUAGAGACUCAAAAGUCAAAAGGUGAUGCGAGAGAGGUCAGUAGCGUUAAGAGUGGAGGUCACGGAGCCACUCCACAAGAGAGCGAAGCAGCAGCCCCUUCGAGAGCUUCCGAUUUCUUGCUAUGCGAAUCAGACGACGAUGGGAUUUCAAGUGUCUCCAGCUUGUCAGAGCUCUCUGAGCGGGAACUAGAACUCGAGAUCGAUGCCAUAGAGGCACAAGAACCCAUUGCUGUUGGCCGCAUGUCGCCGCAGCCGGCGCCGGCGGUAUCCGUUGACGACCAGGAUGAGUUUGAGAGGGACCCUUGGAACGCUGUGGCUGUGGUGGGUUUUCGGAUAUACUACAAAGCAUCAGAAGAUUGUCAAACCGAGGUUGUCGUUAAGCUGCGAGUUGUGCGACCAAACCCCUACAACAAAGAGGAAGAGACACCGAAAGCAUCAAAACCGGGCGACAAGAAGUCGAAAGGUCUAGAUGUGGACGACAGCGCCAAAGAUGCCACUCUGGAGGGGGAGAUCAAACAGCGGAAGAAGAGCAUUAGACCUACCAGUGAGGAUCCCAGCGACACCUCUGUGUUAAUUCGCUGUGGGACUGGCAGAGGAGCGCAGGCUGCGCAGGGAGCAGACGUACAAGCAAGGGCAAGCUUCAACUUUUGA